AUGGACUCGUCCCAGAUGGAGAUACUACCUCAGAAGACAGGAUUGUACCGGGAACGCAGCAUAAGAUUCAAUUGUGUAGCCGUGGAUAUUAGAUUACAUGGGAUCACGACGAACGAUCCGCUUCCCGAAGGUUACAGUGCACAGGACACUGCUGAAGACGUCGCGUUGUUCAUGUUACCCGCCUGCCACAUCGUGGGCUUGUCGAUGGGCAGUAUGGUAGCGAUCUCCCUCGCUGUCUACUAUCCAAAUCAAGUCGCCUCUCUUUUCCUUGUGUCGCCGCUAGGGCUGGAGGAGCCGGCAGAUGUCGCCGAUGGCCGACGGGAAAUAGCGGAGAACUGGAGGGAAGCGUUCAAGACAGGCGAGCCUGACAUGGCAGCCAUCUCUGACUCUGUCUACGGCGCCCAUCAAUUAGGUUUCAGCGAUAAUCUCAACGACUUUGUGAACGUGCUAACUAAUAUCCUAAUUCCUCCGGCCUUGAAGAAUUCUGUUCCUGGUUUCUUUGAACACUUUCUCGGAUACGCCCCUGUCAAGUCGAUCCAUUGCCUAGGGAGCAUUGCAUACCCUCAAGAAUACUCGGAAAUUUUUAUGCAACAGCUUAAAGAUGCUGCAGUAAAUGUCGGCAUGGCCACCAUACCAGAAGCACCACACUUCGGCGUUGUAACACACGGGGAUAUUGUUAACCAACUACAUGCAUUCAUCAUAGACAGCUGUCGGACGUCUGUUCCUCCGGCACCCCAAGAAGUCAGCUCUCCGUGA